AUGUCUGAAGAUAAUACUUCACCAAAGGAGCACGAAAAGGUAACUCAACUUGUGGAAAAUAAUGAAAAAAUCUCAACACAGGUACCAACUGUGAUUCCCGAUGAACAUCCUGAUUUUCUUACAGCUGAUUCUGAACUGACAGAAGAUUUACCAGAUGAUACCGAAUCUAUUGAUUUAAUUCAAUUAAAGAUUAGAACAUUGGAAGAUUUAAAUUUAUUAAGAUUUAAACAAUUGAAAAAUUUAUGUUUAAGACAAAAUUUAAUUCAAAGUAUAAGUGAAGUUGAAGUAUUACCAAUUGAAACAAUGACAGACAUAGAUUUUUAUGAUAAUAGAAUAAAACAUAUUUCAAGCAAUUUAAAUAAAUUAGUAAAUUUAACAAGCCUUGAUCUUUCCUUUAAUAACAUUAAACAUAUUAAAAAUAUUGAUAAUUUGAUUAAAUUAGAAAACUUAUAUUUUGUUCAAAAUAAAAUUUCAAAAAUUGAAAAUUUAAAUACUUUAACAGAAUUGAAAAAUUUAGAAUUAGGUGGUAAUAAUAUUCAAGGAAUUGAUCCAGACUCAUUUAAAAAUUUAAAUAAAAUUGAAGAAAUUUGGUUAGGUAAAAAUUCAAUUCCAAGAUUAAUAAAUUUACAUCAUUUAAAAUCAUUAAAAAUUUUAUCUAUUCAAGGUAAUAGAUUAAAAAAAUUAGAAGGUUUGGAAGAAUUAGAAAAUUUAGAAGAAUUAUACGUUUCAAAUAAUCAUAUCGCAAAGAUUGAAGGUCUUGAAAAUAAUAAAAAAUUAAAGAUUAUUGAUAUUACUUCUAAUAAGAUUACAAAGCUUGAAAAUUUAAAUCAUCUAAAAGAUUUAACCGAUAUUUGGGCAUCAUUUAAUCAAAUUGAUCAACGAUUUGAAGAGAUUGGUGAAGAAUUGAAAGAAUGUAUUCAUUUAGAUACUAUUUAUUUGGAAGGUAAUCCAGUUCAGAAAAAUAAUGAAACUGCCUACAGAAGAAAGUUAAUCUUAAAUCUUCCAAAAUCCUUAGAAAAGAUUGAUGCAACUUAUGUUCGUGGUUAA